CGGGCGGGGCCUGGGCUGCGAGAGAGGGAAUUAGUGUGAGCAGGGUGAGUCGGAGCUGCUGCUGCAACCGCAGCCGAGGUCCCAAUAGACGCCUUCGCCAAGCCGGAGCUCUCAGCAAGUGUUUAUUGAGACAUAUUAUGUGCUGACACUGCAGGGACACUGGGGAUGCAAAGCUCCAUUGGGGCCAUGUCGGAGCGAGAAGAGCGGCGGUUUGUGGAGAUCCCUCGGGAGUCCGUGCGGCUCAUGGCAGAGAGCACGGGCCUGGAGCUGAGUGACGAGGUGGCGGCCCUGCUUGCAGAGGACGUGUGCUACCGUCUCAGAGAGGCCACGCAGAAUAGCUCUCAGUUCAUGAAGCAUACCAAACGGCGGAAGCUGACCGUUGAAGACUUCAACAGGGCCCUCAGGUGGAGCAGCGUGGAGGCUGUGUGUGGUUAUGGAUCCCAGGAGGCACUGCCCCUGCGCCCUGCGAGGGAGGGGGAGCUCUACUUCCCUGAAGACCGAGAGGUGAACCUGGUGGAUCUGGCACUAGCUACCAACAUUCCUAAAGGCUGUGCUGAGACAGCUGUCAGAGUUCACGUCUCCUAUCUGGAUGGGAAAGGGAACCUGGCACCACAGGGCUCAGUGCCCAGUGCUGUGUCCUCACUGACUGAUGACCUUCUCAAGUACUACCAGCAAGUGACUCGGGCUGUGUUAGGGGAUGAUCCACAGCUGAUGAAGGUUGCACUCCAGGAUCUACAAACAAACUCCAAGAUUGCAGCGCUCCUGCCUUACUUUGUUUAUGUGGUCAGUGGGGUAAAAUCUGUAAGUCAUGAUCUGGAGCAGCUGCACCGGCUGCUGCAGGUAGCACGGAGCCUGGUACGGAAUCCACAUCUCUGCCUGGGGCCCUAUGUCCGCUCCCUGGUGGGUAGUGUCCUCUACUGCGUCUUGGAGCCACUGGCUGCCUCCAUCAACCCCCUGAAUGAUCACUGGACUCUAAGGGAUGGAGCUGCCCUCCUGCUCAGCCACAUUUUCUGGACUCAUGGGGACCUUGUCAGUGGCCUCUAUCAGCAGAUCCUGCUCUCCCUGCAGAAGGUCUUGGCAGACCCUGUGCGGCCUCUCUGCUCUCACUAUGGGGCUGUGGUGGGACUGCAUGCUCUUGGCUGGAAGGCAGUGGAACGGGUCCUGUACCCACAUCUGUCCACUUACUGGACAAACUUGCAGGCUGUGCUGGAUGAUUAUUCAGUAUCUAAUGCCCAGGUCAAGGCAGAUGGGCACAAAGUCUAUGGAGCCAUUCUGGUGGCUGUAGAACGACUGCUGAAGAUGAAGGCCCAGGCAGCAGAGCCCAACAGAGUCGGCCCAGGCGGCAGGGGGUACCAGCGCCCAGACGACCUUCCCUGGGACAGCCUGCUCCUGCAGGAGUCUCCCUCUGGCAGCAGCGCAGAGCCAGGCUUUGUGUCUGGCCUCCCACUGCCGCCAGGGGGCGCGGGGCCAGAGGACCCUUCUUCCGUGACUCUGGCGGACAUCUACCGGGAGCUCUACGCCUUUUUCGGUGACAGCUUAGCCACCCGCUUCGGCACGGGCCAGCCAGCGCCCACAGCUCCGCGGCCGCCCGGGGACAAGAAGGAGCCGGCGGCCGCCCCGGACUCAGUGCGGAAGAUGCCACAGCUGACGGCCAGCGCCAUGGUCAGCCCGCAGGGCGUGGAGAGUCCCCGGGGUGGUGGCCCCCCGUCGGCCUCUGCACCCUCCGCCUCUGAGAGCAGGUCGCUGCCGCGCGUGCACCGGGCGCGCGGAGCCCCCAGGCAGCAGGGCACCGGUGCCGGCACGCGCGACGUCUUCCAGAAGAGCCGUUUCGCCCCGCGCGGCGCCCCGCACUUCCGGUUUAUCAUCGCCGGGCGUCAGGCCGGGCGGCGCUGCCGCGGGCGCCUCUUCCAGACUGCCUCCUGCACCGCGUCACCCCGGCCCCCCGCGACAUUCAGAAACUGCCCAUGAUCGGCCGCACCAGCCGCCCGGCCCGCCGCUGGGCCCUGUCGGACUACUCGCUGUACCUGCCGCUUUGAGGCGGGGCUCAGUCUUGCCUCUGUCAAUAAAUCCCGUC